GCCGGGUUGCUGUCCCGGACUCGGGAAUGGGGAGCGCGUGGCUGCCGGCGGGGCGUCUCUGAUCGAGCUACUGUGACUGGUUCUAAAGAGCCCAAUUCUGGAGAGAAAGCCCUAACCAUGACACCAGGCAAGGAAAGGGAAGCACUCUAUGAAGAUACCUCUGGGGAUGGUGUUAGUACCAUUUACAGCAACCCAAUAACGCCACAGGCCUCAGACUCUGCAGAUGAAUUUACCACCUACUUUGAUCAGAAAAUACCUAUACCAGAAGAUGAAAAGCACCCAUUGUUCAGUAUUCGAAAACUAUGGGCCUUCACUGGGCCUGGUUUCCUGAUGAGCAUUGCCUACCUGGAUCCAGGUAACAUUGAAUCAGAUCUACAGUCUGGGGCAGUUGCAGGAUUUAAGCUACUCUGGGUUCUCUUGUUGGCUACUGUCAUUGGUUUGCUCUUACAACGUCUGGCGGCAAGGCUGGGAGUAGUAACAGGACUUCAUCUGGCAGAAGUAUGCAAUCGACAGUAUCCCAAGGUUCCUCGACUUAUCUUGUGGCUGAUGGUCGAGCUGGCUAUCAUUGGAUCGGAUAUGCAAGAAGUCAUUGGCUCAGCAAUUGCCAUUAACCUCUUAUCUGUUGGGAAAAUCCCUUUGUGGGGUGGAGUGCUCAUAACAAUAGCUGAUACAUUUGUGUUUCUCUUCCUGGACAAGUAUGGUUUGAGGAAACUGGAAGCAUUGUUUGCCUUCCUCAUUACUAUCAUGGCUGUCACGUUUGGAUAUGAGUAUAUAACUGUAAAACCAGACCAAGGGCAGCUGCUCAAAGGGAUGUUUAUGCCUUAUUGUGAAGGCUGUGGGACUGCCCAGCUGGAGCAAGCUGUUGGGAUCGUAGGUGCUGUCAUCAUGCCUCACAACAUGUACCUGCAUUCUGCUUUGGUCAAGUCUCGACAGGUGAAUCGGGCCAAAAAGAAGGAAGUUUCUGAGGCCAACAAGUAUUUCUUCAUUGAAUCCUGCAUUGCCCUCUUUGUCUCCUUCAUCAUCAAUGUCUUUGUUGUCUCAGUCUUUGCCGAAGCUUUUUAUAAAAAGACAAACCAAGAUGUGCAUGACAUCUGUGCAAAUAAAAGCUUUGCCCAAGCUGUGCUGUUUCAAGCAGAUAAUAGCACCCUGCAAGUGGACAUCUACAAAGGGGGAGUAAUUCUAGGUUGUUACUUUGGCCCUGCUGCUCUCUACAUCUGGGCUAUUGGCAUUCUUGCUGCAGGACAGAGCUCAACAAUGACAGGAACUUACUCUGGACAGUUCGUUAUGGAGGGAUUCCUCAAUCUGAAGUGGUCGCGGUUUGCUCGUGUGGUUCUAACCCGCUCCAUUGCCAUCACUCCAACUCUUCUGGUUGCCAUUUUCAAAGAUGUGGAACACUUGACCGGCAUGAAUGACUUCCUCAAUGUCCUCAUGAGUUUACAGCUACCCUUUGCUUUAAUCCCAGUGCUCACGUUCACAAGUCUGCGUCCAGUGAUGAAUGACUUUGCCAAUGGCCUGGGCUGGAAAAUCGCUGGGGGAAUUCUCAUUGUGAUCAUCUGCAGCAUUAACAUGUACUUUGUGGUGAUCUAUGUGACUGCCCUAGGACAAACAGUGUUGUAUGUAUGUGCUUCAAUUAUCAGCGUUCUCUACUUGGCCUUCGUGGCAUAUCUGAGUUGGCAGUGCUUAAUUGCUCUCGGAGUUCCCUUCCUGGCUUGUGGGCAUACGUAUCAUCUGGGACUUACUUCUCAGCCUGAACUCUUUCUUCUGAACAAUGUUGAUGCUGUCCCAAUCACGAAUAGAUGAAAUCCCGUCAACUACCGUCAACCGAGCAUAACUUAUUUGAAGCCCCCCUCUAUGUUGCACAAAACCAAAUUUUGAUUGGUUCUGAAAUGAGCGGGUACAAGUCAAGAACUGCCAAUGGAGACCGAGCUUCCCCUUGAAAGAAGAAGCAGGAAGGAGAGUCAAAUUAUGAAGAGUUAUCUGUUACACUGGGAAACAGACCUCUUUAGAGGUUGUACAUGAGAUCAACUAUGAAGGCUAUUAAAGGACUAUUGACAAAGGUAGAGCAUUAAGUGAGAAAAAUGGUUCUGAUUGACAGACACCGGCAAAAUGCAGGAGGUAACAAAAAGGUGAAGAGCUAUGAAUGAAAUUAGGGUGCUGAACUUGAUAUUUCUC